CCAAACUGUUGCUGCAACAACAGCAGCAGCAGCAGCAGCAGCAGCAGAUCAGUGGUGGAGGUUAACCUGACCAAGAGGACGAUCAGGAGUUUCUGACAUUUUAAUUAACAAUGAACCACAGCGAGGUUGAAUUUGAACCUUUUGAUUAUUCCUACUAUGAUUAUCCAGACUGGUAUUCUAACAAUGCCGAACCGACGGAGCCGCCCAGAGAAGUUAUUUUACCCUGUGACCCUAUGGCAGACGACAGGAUCUUCCACAUAUGCAUGGUGUCAACAUCUUUGGCGGUCAUGUUGGCACUGGCACCUCUGACCAGGAAACACCAGCUCUGCCGUGGAUUCACCAGAGGCUCCUCCAGCAUCUUCAGUCCAGCCAACUUCCUGGACCAGACUCAGGAGAAGGGCCUGGUCAUGGCUGUCUUUGGACUGGUCUUUAGCAAACUAGCUACACUGCUGAUUGCUCCCGACCCUCUUCCUUUCUGCAAAGAAACCCCAGCCGAAAUAAAAGAGUACAUGAAAAUACUGGCCAUCUUCUACUACCCUCUCCUGUAUUAUCCCCUGUUGGUCUGUUGGACCCUGCAGCGUCCAGCGGGAUAUGGGUUUGGAUCCCUGCUCUCCUUAAGUCACUUUUGUGUCAUGGUGUGGCAGAAAUUUGACUGUCCAAAAACUCCAGAGAUUUACAAAUACUACGCUCUACUUGCAAGUCUUCCUCAGCUCGUCUGUCUGGCGUUCCUCUGCGGCAGGUUUCUUUUGCUUUUUGUCAAAGGACCAAUGACUGAGGAGGACCUGGACAGCAGCUACUACUCUAAAUACGUGAAGUUACUUCUCAAGAAGAGGUUUUCAGCUGCCAGCUCUGGCUCAACAGACAAACAGUCGCUGAUGAAAACAAUAGUGAAGACAGUUAAAGGUUAUAUUUAUGUCCCUGAACAAGUGUUUCGAUUUCCACUGAAGCUGGCUGUUUCUGCAUUCAUUGCCUUUGUGGCGAUUUAUCAUACGGCCAUGUUGUUGGUCGUUCUGGUGAUCCCCACUCUCCACAUCGUCCGUGCUGGUAUUGAUGAAAACAUUGCCUUUAUGCUGUUGGGCUUUGGGAUUGUUCUAUCAGAUGACAGGAUGGAGGUUGUAAAAAUUGUGACGUUCUAUACGUGGCUGCUGGAAGUGUGUUACCUUUGUGCCAUGACUCUGUCUUGUCUGGUCAGUCUGGUGAUGCUCAUGAGGUCCAUGGUUCUCCACAGGUCAAAUCUGAAAGAAAUAUAUAAGGGAGAUAUUUACAAAGUCUACAACCACCAGAAGACCCUUUCUCCAUCCAAACCUGGUGUGGUCUGCUGGAUGGGUUUGACUGGGUACCAGGCUGCCAUCGUCUGCCUCGGAAUGGUGAUCCAAACCGUGGUGUUUUUCAUCUGCUUCCUGUUUCUUGUGUUUUUGAUCAUCAUCCCCGUUUUCUAUGGCCGUAACAUCAUUGUUUUUCAAAUCGCGAGGAAAUCCUGGCCUGCCUGGGUCACACUCAUACUGGUGACGGUGCUGCAGCAUGUAACUGCUAAGUUUGCUUUUAUCAAAGAUGAAAGAGGAAUGAGAGAUUUGAAGAACAGAGACAGCCUCUUCCUUCUGACCUACUUGCUCUUCCUCGUCAACACUGUGGCUGGACUGAUCGUUGCUAUCUGGAGAGUUGUGAUCACAGCUCUGUACAACAUCCUGCAUCUGGGUCGUAUUGACAUCAGCCUGCUGCACCGCACCUCAGAGACCUACGACCCAGCCUACUAUUACUACAUCCAGUUCUUGAGGGUGGAGGUGAGUCAGAACCACCCUGUGAUUAAGGCCUUCUGCAGCCUGCUGUUGGACAUGAUGGUGGAAGGUGGUGGAGUGGGACAGAAAAUUAGAGACGCAGAGGAAGGGAUUCAGGUGAGCAGACCAACCAGAGCCAGCAGCAGUCGCAGGAUCCGUGCUCGUUGGCAGCUCUUGUACACUCUGGUCAACAACCCCUCCCUGCUGGGCUGCAGGAAGCACUUCCAGUCUCUGCAGAUCUCAGAGCACGUCCAGAACGGAACCUCGUAACAAGGGCAACAAGAGGUCAGCCAUAGAGCCUGAAGAAACCUCCAGAGGUCAAAACAAAACUGAGUAAAAUUCAAAGUAUGUAUUUAGUCUGACUUUGUUCAUGUAGCUGAACACACAGGCCUUGUAUAACCCUAAGUGAUGGGUGUUUGACUUAGUCAAAGUUAAUGGCUUUCUGGAGAAUAAACUCAAUAUACAGUGUAUACACAUGUAUUAAAAUAUACAUUUAUAUCUGUGUUUCUCAACCAUUUUGACACGCAGCAGAUAUUUACCUGAUCAGGGACAGCAGUUGUCUCCAAUCUGUGGCCGUGGUGCUCCAAUGAUGUUUGAAGCAGUCUUUUUUAUGAUCAUCUGUUGCUGUAGUGUUACCAAACCAAACCAUUGUAAUCUGUAGUGACUGAGGAGUGCUUGUCCACAACCUGUUUCCUCUUCUCUGCCGUCUGUGACCACCUCACUGGUGUCAGUGGUGUAGAUGCUGAGGAACUUGAAGUUCUGCUGAUAUCCUUGGUUCCUUCCACACUUUUGGAA